AUGCAAAGAGGUAAGAGGCCCAGCUGCGGCACGAGCUAUAAGGUAUCGAGUUGCACUUCGUGGGCGUGGCUUCUCCUCAAAGCUGAAUAUAGCAGCCACAAUGAGCCUCCGGUUACCCUCGCCUCCCUGGCCCGUUAUCCAGGGGGGGGGGGACAAAGCGAGAUCCUGCUGAUCGCGGAACAAAGGACGCGUCCAGAUAGAGCGAUCGCCCGUUGCGAGUUCGCACACUCUUCCAGCUCCCAUCUCUUCUUGUUCGUCAGAGGCAAUUACGAAGAAGGCCGCCUGGACGGGGUCGAGACCCUAGGGUAUCGAGCUCACAGCAGCCGGCAAAACAAACUCUUUAUUCGCCAAUCAAGAUCUCAUCAGAGAUAUCUAAGCAGCUGCGCAGCGGGACUCUAUUAUCUUUUGUUUGUUUUCGGAGCGGGUUUCAUUCCACGCCACAGUUCGAGCUCUCUCGACCGCGAACGAUCUCGUAUUGAAAGCGAUCCUUCGAUUGGUCCUGGCUCUCUUCUUGUGUGGAAUUAA